AACAUUCCGGCUCAACAAGAAGUGGAGUGAGCGGGAAAGUGAGCCACAACAGGGAGCAAUGAUAGCGCGCUACCAUUCAGCACGUGGGCCACUAUUCGAGUCACAAGAGGCGUAUCUAUUGCGAACACCCCAAGCUGCGACAGCUGCUGCAGCGGGCAGGGCGGAGAUGGUUAAGAACACACCCGAGUAUCAUCCUAACAAACCUAGUCCUGAGAGUAAAGGCUUGCAAAAGGACGAGACAUCUUCGCUGAUAACUUCCCAGAACUCAAUUCCCCUUUCAAAGGAACUCAGCACCUCUAUAUCUAGAAAUAUAACAGAGGAAGAGAGAAACAUUACGAGCGCAGAUAAAGACAGCUCAUUCAACAUCAGCGACAUCGUUAACUACACAACAGAUGAGAACUUGUCGCAUACCCCACUUCACAGACAGUUGCCGAGUAUCCAGAAGAGAUCAGCAGAGGGGCUCCUGACACACAGCAUCAUCUCUCCUGACAGUAACACUGAGAACACACCCUCCAGAACUGAUAAUAACUCACCGUAUAGUGAGAAUCUGAGGAAUAAACUGAGGAGGAUUGCUGUGGAGGAUGGGAAGGAGAACCGGCCUCCAAGCACCAAGGUGACUCCACAAGAUGGGGUUGGUAAGAUGACUGGUAGGAUAGUUUCCAGUACUCCAGCAGUUCCUAACACUAACAAACAAGCCUUCCUCACCCCUACUUCCUGCUUAGCACAAUCAUUGAAUAAGAAAGAAGAUUCAAUAUUACACAACCGUGCUCCACUCACCCAAGUGCAAAGGUUCAAGAAAUCACUUCACUCCAGAACCACACUUCAACAUGUCUCACCAGCCCAUCAUCUAAUACCCCCAGCAGAUUGUGAUUCAUAUACGAUCACGAAAGGAAGGUCCGGGUUCUCGGUCUCUUCUAUGUUCUCCUCAAUUGGAGAUAACAGUCCCAUGACAGACGUCUCCUCAUCUGGGCCUGUAUCUCAGGAGCAGCUGACUCCAAAUAUUAUUGAACCUGUCCAUACUCCUUCUCAAAUACAUCCCCUUAAUACUAACAUAGGAGGAGGUGUCAGUAACGAGCAGAUGGUAAUUCUGCAGAACCAGAUAACAGAACACUUCAAGGGGCUUGAGAAAACACUGCUUAGUGAGACUCGGUGGUUAAAGAAUGAGAUAGUUAGACAGGCAGUUGACACACAGUUCGCACUGGAAGAUAUUCUCAACAACGUCCAAGAAAGACAAAACACCAUGAACCAGAGACUAGUUAACAUGGACCAAAACAUCAGUACUAUAAUGCGUAAUAUGUAGUUAAUAGCAAUAUUGGUACACUUUUUAGUGCCUUAUAAACUUAUUGCUGUCUGUAAAUUUAGGAUGAUUUGAGGUUGAGUUACCACUUGUCAAGAAGUCCAAAUAUAUAACAAGGUUCCCGGAGAUAAGCAAGAUAAGA